AUGAAGCUAACCACAUUAGCCACCCUUCUCCUGGCCCUCCUCUUCAUGGCCAACCUCCACGAGUCAAAGGCCGACAAGGACCAGCCACCUGACGGGGUCUCGGCUUUUUGCCAGUCAAAGUGCGACUACCGGUGCUCAGAGGCCGGCCGCCGGGACCGUUGCCUGAAAUACUGUUACAUAUGUUGCGAAAAGUGUCACUGUGUACCGUCCGGGACUUCCGGUAACAAGGACGAGUGCCCUUGCUAUAGGGACUGGAAAACCCCAAAGGGUGGACCUAAAUGCCCUUGA